GUCAUUACAUUCAUUGUUGCCAAUGAGCUCGUAAAGUGAACACGUAGUACAGCGUGAAUAAGCCUUCAGUUUGGAAUUAGUUUCCAUAUAAUUUCUUUUAUUGUGGCGAAAAGUUAAUUCUGCUGGUUGUCGUAGUUAGAAAAGUUGAAGUGUUUUUCAAAGUGCAUAUAAAUUGUCGUUCAGCAUACCCUACCGGAAGUGAAAAUGAUUCGUCUAGGACAAAUUGUAAUCAGAAAUAGCCAAAAGGUUAAAGCCAUCGAGCUCCGAAGAUGCCUGUCAGCGGCUCCGCAAGCCAAACGCAAUGAGAAUCAACCGGUCGCCAACGAGAAAAAGCAAAACAUGUCCUUCCUGACCAACAUUUUCUUGGGUGAAGUUCAACCGGCGCAGGUUUUCCCCUUUCCCGAGGUUCUCGAUGCUGAACAAAAGGAAUAUAUUGCAGCUUUCGUGGACCCGGUGAACAAAUUUUUUGAGGAAGUAAACGAUCCCGUUAAAAACGAUACGAAUGCACAGGUUGACGAGAAAACUGCUGAAGCAUUGUGGGAUUUGGGAGCUUUCUCCCUGCAGGUUCCUCCAGAAUAUGGUGGUCUGGGGUUGAACAAUACCCAGUACUCCCGGAUGUGCGACAUUAUCGGUGGACAGGAUUUAGGUCUAGGAAUCUUUAUAGGCGCACAUCAGAGUAUUGGAUUUAAAGGAAUACUACUGUACGGGACAAAGGAGCAGAAAGAAAAAUACCUGCCUCAGGUUUCGACUGGAAAGAAGUAUGCCGCUUUUGCCCUAACGGAACCUAGUUCUGGAUCGGAUGCUGGUUCUAUCCGCUGUCGAGCUGUGAAAACACCUGACGGCAAACAUUACAUCCUUAAUGGAUCAAAGAUUUGGAUUUCAAACGGUGGAAUCGCUGAUAUAAUGACCGUUUUUGCACAAACGGAAGUUGAAGACCCAAAAACAGGCCAAAAGAAGGAUAAGGUUACAGCGUUUAUCGUGGAGCGUGGAUUUGGCGGAGUCAGUAAUGGUCCCCCAGAGAACAAAAUGGGCAUCAAAUGCUCCAACACAGCUGAAGUCUACUUUGAAGAUUGCAAAAUUCCGGUUGAGAAUGUAUUGGGUAAGGAGGGAGAUGGAUUUAAGGUUGCCAUGAAUAUUUUAAACAAUGGCCGUUUUGGUAUGGGUGCCACUCUCUCCGGCACAAUGCGUGCCUGUAUCCAGAAGGCAACAGAACAUGCAACUAAUCGGGUACAAUUUGGACGUAAGCUUGAAACAUUUGGCGGAAUCCAGGAGAAGCUGGCUCGUAUGGCUAUGCAUCACUACGUGACACAAUCGAUGGCAUACAUGGUUUCCGGGAAUAUGGACUCCGGGUCGGUUGAUUACCAUUUGGAAGCCGCUAUAUCUAAAGUAUUCGCCUCCGAAUCGGCUUGGUACGUUUGCGAUGAAGCCAUUCAAAUUCUCGGCGGAAUGGGCUUCAUGAAGGACACCGGACUGGAACGCGUAAUGAGAGAUUUAAGAAUCUUCAGGAUCUUCGAAGGGACGAACGAUAUUUUGAGACUGUUCGUGGCAUUAACCGGUAUUCAGUAUGCCGGGUCGCAUUUGAAAGAGUUGCAACGGGCUUUCAAAAAUCCGGCUGCUAAUUUAGGUUUGAUCUUCAAAGAAGGAUCAAGAAGAGCGAUUCGUAGCAUCGGCAUUGGUGGAAGCGAUCUAACGCCAUUUGUGCCCAAUCAGUUAAAGGAUGCUGCUAAACAAUGUUCGGAGAGUAUUGACAUAUUUGGCCAAGCAGUAGAAUCACUUCUGAUCAAAUACGGCAAGGGUAUUGUGGAGGAGCAAUAUUUGCUAAAUCGGUUAGCCGACGCAGCUAUCGAUAUCUACGCGAUGGCUGCCGUAUUAUCGCGGGCGGGAAGAGCAGUCAAUAAGAAUUUGCCUUCAACUGAUCAUGAGUUGCUUAUGGCCCAGGCGUGGUGUCACGAGGCGGCCGACCGGGUACGCGUGAACAUCCGAAAAAUCAACACAGAUUCCUUCGUCAAGAACUACGGCAAGAUGUCACAAAUUUCCAAGAACAUCUGUGCCAACAACGGCAUAGCGCACAACAAUCCCUUGGAUAUUGACUAAAAGGAAUCACCAACACGCAAUUAUGUUUAAGUAGGAAACUGGAAACAACGGCGACUCGCAUUGAUUUUCUAACGAAAAUUCAAAUUUGAGAAUUAUAAGCCUUGUAGCGAUAUUUGCACGAAUCCACUAAUAUACAGGUGAUAGCAGCCCGUCAAAUUUGCGGACAUUCCUAUAACCUGCAAAAGCGAGAAACGGUGUAUAGGAAUGAUUGAGCGCGAGGGGUUACUUGGCCGAAUUCAAAGAUAUCCACUAACUUAAAACAAACUUUUAAUUUUAAUAGGACAAAUUGUAAUUUUAUUUUGCCUAUUUUCAUGUUUUUAUGUAUAUAGGGUUAAUAAAGUCAUGUUUUGUUAAGAGUAAAGAAUGUUUAUGAGAUUAAAUAAAUUUCAUCUUGAAAUAA